GCGCGGAGGGUGCUGCUGCUGAAACAAGAUGGCUGUGCGCGCAGGAGGAGCAGCAGCAGCAGCAGCAGCGGAGGAGAGCUGAGGCAAUGCAGAGGAGGAAGAAGAGGGGGGCGAGGAAUUCACUCCUGUGUGUCUUGUCCUGCCAGAAGAGCAACAGCUCCGCGGAGAAACAGACUUCCGACAUGAUGCUAAUUGGUUUCCGUUACCAUUUAGGGUGACGGUUAGAGUUUCCUUUUUUUCUAUCCUGUAACCAAGAGACAACCGGACUGACCAAACAAAUCACGGAGCACUCAGUAGAGGACAGCCGGGGACGCUCACGCCGCUAUCAGAGAUGUCCCUGCUCUGUGUGGGAGUGAAGAAAGCCAAGCUGGAUGGACCCCAAGAGAAGUUCAACACUUAUGUGACUCUGAAGGUACAAAAUGUGAAGAGCACAACCAUUGCUGUCAGGGGCAACUUGCCCAGCUGGGAGCAAGACUUCAUGUUUGAAAUUAAUCGCUUGGACCUGGGUCUGACAGUAGAGGUGUGGAACAAAGGGUUAAUCUGGGACACCAUGGUCGGCACUGUGUGGAUACCCCUCCGUAGCAUCCGACAGUCAAAUGAGGAAGGUCCGGGCGAGUGGCUCACACUGGACUCUCAGGUCAUCAUGACUGAUAAUGAGAUCUGUGGCACCAAAGAUCCCACCCUUCACCUGGUGCUGCUCGACACGCGCUUUGAACUGCCUCUCGAUAUCCCCGAGGAUGAGGCACGAUACUGGGCCAAAAAACUGGAGCAGCUCAAUGCCAUGAGGGACCAAGAUUAUUCUUACCAGGAAGAGCAGGAACGCCCUCUACGUGUACCAGGAACCCAGUGCUGUAACUGGAGUCUAUGGGGAGACCAACAAAAUGAAGACCCAGACAGUGCUGUGGAUGACAGGGACAGCGACUACCGCAGUGAGACCAGUAACAGCAUCCCCCCUCCUUACUACAGCACAUCCCAGCCCAAUGCCUCUGUCCACCAGUAUCCCAUCAGCCACCAGCACCGCAGCUCCAGAAGCUACUCUUACCCACGCUCCGGCAACAGCCACGACCUCGACUACCAACAUCAGAGGACUGUCAGUCCCUCGGGGAGUUACGCAUCUUCUGCAGAGCUGAGUCGGUGUAGCAGUCAGCUGAGCGAGGAGGACUAUGGCGGUGAGUAUGGAGAGAGGGACCCUUACGACGAGAACGACUCUUACCACUCCUGCCACUCCUCGGUCAGCUACAGUAAAGGCUCUCCUGACUGGGACCCUGAUGAGACCCAGGGGGCGUACAGCGAUGAGGGCGGCUACAGCAAAGACGGAGGAGAGGAGGCGGCUCUGUACGAGGAGGAUGAUGGAGGACUGUACGAGGGAGAAGAAGAGGGCCUCUAUGAGGACGAGGAGAUGAUGUAUGAUGACGAGGAUUUGUACAACUUGGAUGGGACCCUCAGUGAGGACUUGGAGCCUCCGUUUACUCCGACCCCAACGUCAACAGCCGCCCCAACUCUGGAUGUGCCCAGCUCCAGACCUCCACUAGAGAAACAGCCGUCCUUGCACCAACAGCAGCCCCCCACUCAACCCCCCAGCCAAACAUCCAACCAGUCUCAGCCUCCUGGCAUGGCCCCGUCAGUACAGCCCCCCUCUGGUCAACAAACAGUCCAACCACCUAAGCAGCCCCAGCCCCAAACACAGCCUCAGCCACAGCCAGCCCCGUCUGCCACCUCCUUCUUCUCAAUGGCCAAACCUCUAACAGCUGCAGUCACAGGCUUGGCCUCUACUUUCCUGUCUUCUGUUCCCACCGCGCAGCCUGCCCAGGCUCACCCUCCAGCCGCAGCCGCAUCUCAGCAACAGCAGUCUGCCGCAGCCAGCAGCGUCCCUCCAUCCCACCCAGCCACCGUGGCUAACUCAGCCUCCCAGCCCCCCUCGACCGCCACGGGCCCUCCCUCCCAACAGACCCCGUCCUCUGGGCAGCCUCAAUCCCAUCUCAACGGUCCUGCCACCACACAGUCAGCUGCCCCUGAGGACCAGGCUGUCAAUCUGGAGGAAGAGCCAUGGCUGGAGGAGGAAGCAAUGUUGGAGAAGGAGGCCAGGACGCCCCCUGCUCAGCCAGAGGAGACGUUCCCCAUGGAGGAGACAGAGGAGCAUUUUCAAGAGAGCCAGCCGCCGACGCCAGUAAAGGAAGAAGAGAUGCCGCCUGAGAGUCCUCCAGUCAUAGAGGAGCCCAAAGAGCCAGUGGAUCCAGCAGUCAGAGCCAAAGAGAACUGGCUGAGGCUCUAUAACAAAGUCUUAGAACAGCUUCGGGAGGCUCGAGGAGAGACCUCCAACUCCCUGUGGUUUGGUAAAGGAGGCAUGGGAGGUGCACUGUACAGUAUCGACAGCAUGCCUGACCUUCGCAAGAGGAAAGCCAUUCCUCUCGUCAGAGAUCUGGCCAUGUCUCUGGUGCAGAACUCUCGUAAGGCUGGAAUCACCUCCGCCAUGGCUUCCACCACUCUCGGCAAUGAAGAGCUGAAAAGUCAUGUUUAUAAAAAGACCCUGCAGGCUCUGAUCUACCCCAUCUCCUCCACCACUCCACACAACUUUGAGGUGUGGACAGCCACCACCCCGACCUACUGCUAUGAAUGCGAGGGGCUGCUCUGGGGUAUCGCCAGGCAAGGCAUGCGCUGCUCCGAGUGCGGCGUCAAAUGCCACGAUAAGUGCCAGGAUCUGCUCAACGCCGACUGUCUGCAGAGAGCUGCAGAGAAGAGCUCCAAGCACGGGGCGGAGGACCGAACCCAGAACAUCAUCAUGGUCCUGAAGGAUCGCAUGAAGAUCAGAGAGAGGAACAAACCAGAAAUCUUUGAGCUCAUCUUGGAAGUGUUCGCCCUUGACAAAACAACACACGCUGCGCAGAUGAAACAAAUCAAGCAGAGCGUGCUUGACGGGACCUCCAAAUGGUCAGCGAAGAUCAGCAUCACUGUGGUUUGUGCUCAGGGCCUGCAGGCGAAAGACAAAACAGGCUCCAGUGACCCCUAUGUGACUGUUCAAGUUGGGAAGACCAAGAAGAGAACCAAGACCAUCUACGGAAACCUGAACCCUGUCUGGGACGAAAACUUUCACUUUGAAUGCCACAACUCCUCCGACCGCAUCAAGGUCCGCGUGUGGGACGAGGAUGACGACAUCAAGUCCCGCGUGAAACAGAGGUUCAAACGUGAGAGCGAUGACUUCCUGGGCCAAACCAUCAUCGAAGUCCGGACUCUGAGCGGGGAGAUGGACGUCUGGUACAACCUGGACAAGAGAACCGAUAAGUCCGCCGUGUCGGGGGCCAUCCGGAUGCACAUAAGUGUGGAGAUCAAAGGAGAGGAGACGGUCGCUCCGUACCAUGUCCAGUACACCUGUCUACAUGAGCAUCUGUUCCAGUACACCACCGAGGAGCAGAACGGCGGCGUAGUAAAGAUCCCUGAUGCCAAAGGGGACGAUGCCUGGAAGGUGUAUUUCGAGGAGACGGCUCAGGAGAUAGUGGACGAGUUCGCCAUGAGAUACGGAGUGGAGUCCAUCUACCAGGCCAUGACCCACUUCGCCUGCUUGUCAUCGAAGUACAUGUGCCCAGGAGUGCCAGCUGUGAUGAGCACCCUGCUUGCCAACAUCAACGCUUACUACGCCCACACCACCCAGUCCUCCAACAAUGUUUCUGCCUCGGACAGAUUUGCUGCAUCAAACUUUGGCAAGGAGAGGUUUGUCAAACUGCUGGAUCAGCUGCACAACUCCCUGAGGAUCGACCUGUCCAUGUACCGGAAUAACUUCCCUGCUAGCAGUCCCGAAAGACUACAAGACCUCAAGUCUACAGUCGAUCUCUUGACGAGCAUCACAUUCUUCAGGAUGAAGGUCCAGGAGCUGCAGAGUCCCCCCAGGGCAAGCCAGGUGGUGAAGGACUGCGUGAAAGCUUGUCUCAACUCCACCUACGAGUACAUCUUCAACAACUGCCAUGACCUCUACAACAGGGAAUAUCAGACGGACCCUUCGAAGGCAGUCCCUCCAGAUGAGCAGGGUCCCAGCAUCAAAAACCUGGACUUCUGGUCCAAACUCAUCACCCUCAUCGUCUCCAUCAUAGAGGAGGACAAAAACUCCUACACUCCCUGCCUUAAUCAGUUUCCCCAGGAACUGAAUGUGGGCAAGAUCAGCGCUGAGGUCAUGUGGAAUAUGUUUGCCCAGGACAUGAAAUACGCCAUGGAGGAGCACGAGAAGAACCGCCUGUGUAAAAGUGCAGAUUAUAUGAACUUGCACUUCAAGGUGAAAUGGCUUUACAACGAGUACUGCAAGGAGCUGCCCACCUUCCAGAAGCACGUACCGGAAUAUCCAGCCUGGUUUGAACCAUUCGUCAUCAUGUGGUUGGACGAGAACGAAGAAGUGUCCAGAGACUUUCUGCAUGGAGCCCUGGAGAGGGACAAAAAAGACGGGUUCCAGGUCACAUCAGAGCACGCUUUGUUCUCCUGCUCGGUGGUGGACGUGUUCUCUCAGCUCAAUCAGAGCUUUGAAAUCAUCCGCAAACUGGAGUGUCCCGACCCUCAGAUCGUUGGCAACUAUAUGAAGAGAUUCGCCAAGACCAUCGGCAACGUCCUGCUGUCUUACGCCGACAUCAUUGCAAAGGACUUUCCCAAUCAUGUCAAGAAGGAGAAAGUGCCAUGUAUCAUCAUCAAUAACAUCCAGCAGCUCAGAGUUCAGCUGGAGAAGAUGUUUGAGGCCAUGGGAGGCAAAGAUCUUAAUCUGGAGGCAAGCGACUUCCUCAAGGAGCUGCAGAACAAACUCAACAGCGUUAUGGACGACCUCAGCCGUAUCUUUGCUGUCAGUUUCCAGCCCCAGAUUGAGGACAACGUGAGGCAAAUGGGAGACAUCCUCGCUCAGGUAAAAGGUCAGACCGUCCCGGCCAACGGCAGCGUGGUUCAAGAGGCUGAUAAUGUCCUGCAGCCCAUCAUGGACUUCCUGGACAGCAACCUGUCGCUGUUUGCUAAGAUCUGUGAGAAGACUGUCCUGAAGAGAGUGCUAAAGGAGCUGUGGAAACUGGUGAUGAACACAAUGGAAAAAACUAUUGUGCUUCCAACACUCACUGACCAGACGGGCACUCAGAUGAUCUUCAACGCUGCUAAGGAGUUGGGCCAGCUUUCUAAGCUCAAGGAGCACAUGGGGCGAGAGGAGGCCAAAGCUCUGAGUCCUAAACAGUGUGCAGUGAUCGAGCUGGCACUGGACACUAUUAAGCAAUACUUCCACGCUGGUGGUGUGGGCCUGAAGAAGACAUUCUUGGAAAAGAGUCCAGACCUGCAGUCUCUGCGCUACGCCUUGUCUCUGUACACCCAGGCCACGGACAAGCUCAUCAGGAAGUUUGUCCUCUCGCAGGGCGCUCAGGUCCAUGGAGGGAAAGGGCUCAGGUGCACGGCGAACGAAGACACACCGCCAGAGAAACCAUCUGGAGUGGAUGCAGUUGGCGAGGUGGUCAUGGGUGUGGACAUUUUACCCCAGCCUAAUGGAGAACACAAGAUCAGUGUCAAAGUGGUGGCUGCUAAUGACCUGAAAUGGAAGGCGCAGGGCUUCAGGCCCUUCGUGGAGGUCUACAUCAUCGGCCCUCACCUCAGCGACAAAAAGAGGAAAUUUGCCACCAAGUCCAAGAACAACGCAUGGUCACCCAAGUUCAGUGAGAGCUUCCAGUACUCAUUGGGCACUGAGGUGGGUCCUGAGAGCUACGAGCUGCAGGUGUGUGUGAAGGACUACUGCUUUGCCAGAGAGGACCGCACCGUGGGCAUGUCCGUGGUGCAGCUGAAGGACAUAGCCAGCAAGGGCAGCGUCACCUUGUGGAUGCCCCUGGGCAGACGUAUCCAUAUGGACGAGACGGGCCUGACGGUGCUGCGGAUCCUCUCUCAGCGCAACAACGACGACGUGGCGAAAGAGUUCGUCAAGCUCAAGUCAGAGCAGCGCUCAGCCGAGGAGGGCCGCAGCUGAGGGGGGGGAGAGGAGAGAGCGAGGACACACGUGUGCACAAGACCACCAGAGACAUAGUAUUAUGCACACUUAAAGUAGUCACACCGACAUAGAUAGACAACCAUGUGCAAUACACAAGCACACACAUGAAAAUGCUCUAUUGUACAUAUAUCUGCAUACAUUAUGCAACAUUUACAUUGCAAUGUUAUCAAUGCAAACAUGGAGAGUUAUGUUUAUAAGCAUUCAUAUUUAAUUUUGAAUAUUUCAGCAGCUCAACUCAAAGCUCUCAGUUUAGGGUUAGCCUCACAUUACCAAGCACUUGUCAACCCCUCACUCAAUCUUUCCCAUAACACAUCACACCUUUUAUACGCUGUACAUUUAGAUGUGAUAUAAUGCAACGCAGAACUAAACCAUGUGAAUAGUUUGAGGACGACCACUUUGCACUUUUGCUUCUCUGUGUCUUCAGGAGAGCAGUCCUUGCCUAGCUAUGCUCUGUCUGUCCGUCCGUCUGUCCGCUUGCCUGCCUGACUGUGUGUCGUUCUUCCAGUCCGUCGGUCUUUCUCCUUCCCCCCUUCCUCCUCCUCCUCCUCCUCUCCCUCUCCUCGUCGUUUGCUCUGCGUAGUCUUCCCACGGUGUGAUGUGUUGUGUAGGUUGGAGUUCAGGCACAGAUCUAAGAUCAGCUCCUUUUUUUGCCCAAAAAUCCAAAAAGAGAAAAAAAACACUGACCUUAGAUCAGUGUCCAGGGGCAACGUCACUGCUUGUCUGUCCUGUAAUGUACCAACGUCCUGCAUGUUGACCCCAGGAACACUGUGAUCCACUUUGCUGUAACCAUGGCAACCGUCCCCCCUCCCACAUAAAAGAUGGGUGCCUCCAAUAUUUUACCCGUGUGAGCAUGGUGCAUAUAUAACCCUGGUACAAUAAGGUUUUAUAAUUAUGACCCGACUAACCAUCAUUAUCAUGGAGAAAACACACCGACAGUGGGAACAUGCUGAGCCUGAUGUGUGAUGUGUUGAUAGAGACGAAGGUUGUGGCCGCAAUGUGCUUUUUCUUUUAAAAACUUUUCUUGCUUCACAUCACGACAAACGGAGCAAUACCCCAGCGUCUAACACAUCCACACCCCGAGAGUGCACAUUAACUCCAAAAGGGCUACAGGAUCAGUGGACUGGGAUGUCAGUUUACGCACUAAUACAUGCUGUCCACGCUUCUGUCGGCAAAUUGACCACAAGGUUUUCCCACGAAUCCCCCUCCACCCACCAUCUACCUGUGUGUCUACAGACACACCGCCACACUGCAGACACGCUCCGAUUCAGAAAGUCUCUCACGAGAGACGCUGUGGAGGACGGCCAAAGGACAUGCGAUGCUGAAGGACACUUUCCUCCUGAUCGACUGCACACGUAACCUAAACCCAUCUCUUUAAGGCAAUAGUGGUUUGUUUGUAUGUUCACUGAACCUUGUGGUUUUUACAAAGAACAAACCCCCUGUGAACACUGCUGUGUCUUUUGUUAUUGUGUGUGUGCAUGUGUGUGAAGGUGAUCUUGUACUUGCUACAUAGUGAGGACUAAGAGAGAGGACACUUUUGUAAAGUGAGGACAUUUUGGACGGUCCUUACUUUUUCAGAGGCCUGUUUUAGGGUUAAGACUUGGUUUUAAGGUUCAGGAUACAACAAAGUUUAAAUAAGGUUAAGGGUUAAGGGGGAUUUAUGCUUGUGUGGCAGACCCUAUGCCAUAGCCUACAUGUGGCCUACGCACGUGGCCUCAGUGACGGAGUGCUGUGAAGUUUAGUUGAUUCAAAACGUGCAUAAAACAUGGCUUAAUAGUGAGAAUUUCAAACACAAGUACACACAUCAGCUUCACUAUAACUGACAGGAUUCACAGACAAAGCACUUGUCUUUUACUGGACUCUUUUUCCCCACAAAGCCUAUGGCAUUUUACAUUGUAUGAAUUAGCCUAGCAGCUAGCAAACUUUCCUCGUUUCAUAUGAAACCAUUACAACUCACAAGGUUCACCGACAAACCAACUGUCUUAUACUAAACACAUUUUCCAAACAAAUACAACAUGCUAACAUUAUUAGCACAAGCCUAUGGCAUUUUACAUUGUAUAAAUUAGCCUAGUGACGAGCGGAGAUUUCCUCUGCUCAUAUGAUGCCAGGAUAAAUCACACUCAAGACUUCAAAUGCUAUUUUAUCUGAGGUUUUAUUGUCUUCACAAUUUAUUGUUUCAUAUCUGUGAAACUAAAGUCAAUAAAAGCUUUGUUUCUACUGAGGGAAACGGUUUCAGCUUAAGAAAAUAGACAGAAGGUCUGCGUUACAUUUCUGGGGAGUUGCUCGUCAGGCUACAGCGUAGGGUACGGCAGCGAUUCAACGCAGAAGUACAAAUUCCGCCUUAGGCAUUUUGUCAUGAUGGUUAAGGUUAGUGUAAGGAGCUAGAAAUGCAUUGUGUAAACGAGGGUCCUCACAAAGAUAGAAGUACAAGAUUGUGUGUAAGUGUGUGUGUGAGUGCGUGUGUGAGGGGGGUUGAUUGUCACACCUGGCAAAACGGGCUCUGAGAUUGUGAGCAAUAUAUUGUGUCUACAUACCCUAAAUGUAUGCGCUGUCAAUAUAAAUACAGGAGCACCAACUGCAAUAUCCAGAUCCAAGGAAUGGGGAAACUUAUGAUUCUGUGUUUAAUUUACUUUUAUGUAUGGACUCAUAAAAUCCCCAUUCCUGUUGGACGUUUCUAAGCUUUUUCUCACCUGUUGAAUAAGAAGGAAAGUGUUUUGUCCUUGAAUUCCUAUUUGCCUUUUGGACCAAAUUUGCACGAACCAGUUUAUUUUUUUGUUUUUCAAAGAAAGAAGCCAUCGGAGUCACCGCCAAGCAUUUAUGUUGUCUUAGUUUAAGUCUUGUCACGUGUGUUAACGACCCCUUUACCUUUCACUGCAAAAAAAAAAGGUGAGCAAACACUCACAGUCGUAGUCCGGCUCGUGUUGUAUUCUCUUAGUGAAACUUAACAGUGUCAGUGACAGCGAGGUUUUCCUGUCGCUGUGUGGGGCUUCACCAGACUGUCACUGCUGGCCUGUCACAUGUUGUCUUUACUGAAUACUGUUGAAUUCUACCAAAAACAAAGCUUCUGAAUGUUGUUUAUCUCAGCAGAGCCUUCUUCUUACGAUCAAAGGGAUGGUUAUAUCCAAAACCAUGACUAGCUUGGGGACACCGGCUCAUGCCUUUACAAAAAGUAAAAUUGAUAUUGCCAUUUGAUUUAGGCGUCCAAAUUUCACUUAAAGGGAAACUUUUGUAUUUUUUCAACCGACCAAUGGAGACAAUCAUCUUUAAAUUGGCCGAGUGUUGAGAGAUUCGUAGCAGUAAAACAGGCUGCAAUGUAAUCUCUGAGGGCAAUUGUGCACCAUCAAUUUAAAGUGCUUGUUUUUGCCACUGACAGGCUCAUACUGUUAUUGUAAUGGCUCAUUCAUGCUCAAAGUUAGAUAAGUAUAGGGACACGUUAUAGGGUACGUUAUUACGACCUAGCCCACCAAUGCCAUGUUUGUUGUCAGAAACUUUUGACUCUGCCCUUUGGUGCCAUCUAGUGGAUGUAUCUAUACUAACAUAAAGGACGCAGGGAAGUAUGUGGGUAAUGACAGUUGAAAUUAACGCAUCCGUUUUCGUAAAUAACGGGAGUAUAAGGCCCCGAUCAUACAGAAAGCGUUCUAGCUGCUGGAGGUGAUUUUUUGUAAUUGUCUUUAUUGAGAAGGAAGAGAAUGACAACAAGUCUACAGUUGGUAAACAAUGGAGGAGGAACUGGUGGUAGCAGUUGCUGGAUACCCAGCCUGACGAUAGACAGCAGGUUGUCAAACUGCCCCUGAGUCAUCCUAAAAUAUGCCUGGAAACGUCCAUCAUGGAGGAGAAGCUCCUGGACCAACUGGUGGUACUCCCCACGACCCACCCUCUUUUUUAGGGUCUCAUGUACCCACACAAAUCUCCGUUUAUCAAACAAUUUGCUGACAGCCUCUCGCCCUCACCCAGAGCUACAGCAAGUACCCUCUGCCUCAACAUUUUAGUAACUAGAUACUAAUUACUGUUAGAGUAAAAAAAAAAAGGGUAGAGGGGUGCCUGAAGUGUCUGUUCAACAUUGAGGAAAAGAAAUAUAACGUUAUUGUGACCAAGUCUUGACUUAGAAGGUGACUUAUUGCAGGAAAAAUAAGUGACAUGGAUAGAGGAAUGCUGGGAGGAGUUUGUUGUGUUAGAGUACAGAAAGCGUAGCUCAGUGUCAUUGCUGAAUAUUCUGCUGAUAUUGACAAUGUGGUGAAGUCUGAGAGAUUUUAGAACGAUACUUCACCUUGAGCGAGACUUGGUCACAACAACAAACAGACCAGUGGAAGUUAAGGAAAAAUGUUUCAUUCCUCCCUAGGGUCCGUUUCAUAAUGCUGCCAGACACUUCGAAUAAUAAUCUGAUUCUGUCAGUGGCAAAAACAAACACUUUUAAUGGACGUAAAAUGGCGGUCACCUGUAGGGAUAACACUGCAGCCUGUUUUGCUGCUGUGGCUCUCAAUACUGGACCAAUUAAAAAAAUGACUGUCUCCAUUAGUCACUUAGACACAAACAAAGGAACAUAGGACCGAGGUUGAAAAAUACCUAAGUUUCCCUUUAAAUAAAACGGAUAAUAUUGGGUGAACUAGCCUUUUUAAAGGAGAUUUCCACCCCAUUUAACACACAGUGCAGUUACAUUGUUUUUAUGUGUUGAUCCCAGGGCUCAAGACAAAACUUGACACGUCAGGUUGUAGCUGAAAAAGCAACAAAAAAAUAACUGAUUAUCCAGUUUGGGGCUCGUUGGUUGCCUGCUUCAUGUACGUAUGCACACACCUACACACACCACUACACACACUAACGACACGCACACACCUACACACACAUCCACACACCGAUCUCUGCUCAAGCACAAAAGGGCACAUGUAAGAUGACACACAUGCAUGCAUGCACGCCGACACAACUCCGUGGAGACCAAUGACGCCCACCCUGUGAAUAGAAUCAACUUACAAUUGCAUGAUGGGAAACUUUAUCGUGCCAGCACGUGUCUCUUUGAUGUGACUUUUUCUUUUCUUUUUUUUUUUUAAUUUCCGAAGCUAUGUAACGAUAAGUCAUCAAUGUUCUUUUUGUUUUCCAACAACGGCUUGUGAAUAUGUCAUCUGUAACCAAUAUGAAUGUAGUGUGAACACAGAACUCGCAUGAGAGAAUUAUUUUCUACUAAGGAUGUUUCUAAUUUGUUUCUUAUCAUUAUUGAUUGUUCUUUAAUGAGGAUGAAGUGGAACUGGAAUGCAGCCUGAUUGUGAUCUGCUUCCUAUUAAAAGGACAUUUGUGUCACGA